CGGAAGCGAGCGAAAACGUGUGUUCACUGCAGUCAUCGUAGUCGCCUUUUUUACCAUACAAAGAUGCCAAGAAAAAAGAAGACUUGUAUUGGCCGUCGUCGGAAAGGGUACACCAAGAGAGGUCCGAGACAAGAACAAGGCUCUCUCUCUGACCAUACCUAUUCAUCAGUUCAAUCAACAGUGCUUGAUGAUUACAAUUCAAGAGAUGUGCUCUGGGAUGAAGCAUGGAAUUCCUUCUUCAUUGACAUCUGUGAUGACCCCAUUGACAUACCCUACCUGGGAGAAGCGAUGGAUUCUGAUGGUUGCUCGGCCAAUGAAUUCUUUGUCAUUCUUGACAGUGUACACAAGUAUCAUCCUGAUAAUGACUUAGAUACUUUUGUUGAUGGCAUCCUGCAGUACCGAAAGUACCAACUGUUCUUAUCAUUGAAAAAGGAACUAUUCAGGCAUGCUGAUGAGCUUGGCGAAUUCACCAUUUUGAGAAACAAGCGAGAGGAAGUGAACUUGGUGCAGUGUUAUGAUAGUGAUGUUGCAGCGGUUCAACUCUCAGUGGUCAUUAGGCCUUCUUUUGAAGCCACAGUUUAUGCUCAUCGACGUGAUAUUGGUCAUGAUCAUGAAUUGUGGAUUGGUUUGCCAAAAUACUUCACAACUGUAAGAGACGUUUCGCAACUUUUGUCUAAACUGUCAACAUACCACGUUUGUUUUGGGAAUUACGAGGACAGGUUUGCUCACUUGAUUCCAGUUGGUGCAGGCAUUAGUGAAGGAGCUACUUCAACUAUAUCUGCAUACAGAGAAGGAGACUUUGGUGCCAACAUAGAUGGAAUAGCGUAUAGUUCCACAAUCCGUUCGUUGAUGUGUCAGUUUUUGAUUUCACGGAGAGACAGAUGUGGUCCUUGCAGCAGAUACAGAGCCACACUCCGAGCUAAUGCCAGAAGAGAGAGUCUGUCCCCGAAAACCCCUAAACUAACUUCAUUUACUCAUACUACCCACAAGAACAUGUCAAAGAUGGAAGUCAUCCAGAAGUAUGAACUGAUGAAAAUCAGCCGCAAUUCCAUUCAGUCUGAAAUGGAGCGUUUGAAGAGAACAAUAAGCCAGACAAUUUCACAGAAAGGUCUUACGCUAAGUGUUUCAAGCGACUCUGAUUUUUCGCAAUUAUUGAAAGACCACCAAGAUGAAGUAAUGCACGAUUACCCUGAUGAGACAUCUAUUCAGAGACUUUUUUGGGAGCAACAAAUGAAAUACAAUAAAAUUAAAGACAAGCGAGCAAUGCGAUGGCAUCCGAUGGUAAUUAAAUGGUGUCUUUACAUGCGUAGUAGGAGUCGGAAGGCCUAUGAAGUUGCUGGAAAAUCUGGAUUCAUCGCUUUGCUGAGCAAGAGGACAUUGUAUGAUUAUUCACAUGCCCUUCCAAGUUCACUUGGCUUUCAUCCCAGCUAUUCAAAACAUUUAAAGGAAGAAGCGAAGUCACUUGGAAUGCUUGACAUUGAAGAAAGAUCAUACGUUGGCAUACUUCAAGAUGAAGUUAAGGUUUCUGAAGGCCUCGUAUAUGACAAACACUCGGGUGAACUUGUUGGAUAUGUGGAUUUAGACAGGACUGGUAACGAUUUGCUCUGUUUAGAGGAGUCAAUAACUGGCAGCAAACCACAACUGGCUAAUACCAUGUUGGUCCUCAUGAUCCGUGGUAUCAUUACAGAUUUGAAGUAUCCAUAUGCAGCCUUUGCCACGAGGGGUAUAACAGCAGAUUAUUUAUAUCCCAUACUUUGGACAGCUGUUCUAAAUUUAGAAAGCAUUGGACUGAAGCCGCUGUUUAUUACAUGUGAUGGAGCUUCAUCAAAUCGCAAGUUUUUCAGCCUACAUGAAGUGCCCGAAUUGAAUAAUUUUUUCUGGACAUGGAAUCGAUACAGUCAUCCACACAGGAAGAUUUACUUUAUAUCUGAUGUUCCUCAUCUUAUUAAAACCACAAGAAACUGUUUUGCUAAUUCCGGAUCUCACAAGAAGACCAGAGAGCUGUGGAAAGAUGGCCGUGAUGUUAGUUGGCUUCAUAUGUUGAAGUUUUAUGAAGAACAUGUGGAAAAUGAAUUGUUUUGUAAAACCUACAAGCUUACAAGAGAUCACAUUGACUUGUCACCAUAUUCAACAAUGAAAGUUAACUUGGCUGCACAAAUAUUUAGUAGUUCAGUGGGAAACGCUCUUGAGGACUUAUAUGGGGACCCAGUCCAAGAAACUGUGAAUCUUAUCAGACACAUGAACCGUUUUUUUGAUUGUCUUAACACGCGGAGUUUGCAAGAAGGAAUCAUAGCCCGGAACAGUGACAAGAAGGAGUAUCGCAGCAUUAAUGAUCCAAGACUGCAUUAUCUUCUCAAUGAAUUCUUGGAUUUUUUCAAAGCCUGGGAGGAUAGUGUCAUGAGACGACAUGGGCAGUUUACCUUAUCACAAAGGAAGCGUAUGAUGCUCAGUCAUCAAACUCUCAAAGGACUAAAAAUAUCUGUGAAUUCCAUUGUAGAAUGUGUGCGAUUCAUGCUCACAGCCGGUGCAGAAUUUGUAUUCACCCACCGAUUCAACCAAGACCCUCUAGAAGAACAAUUUGGACAGUAUCGACACAAAGGAGGCUCAAAUGACAAUCCCUCAGUUUAUGCUGUUAAACAUGCCUUUUCACAGAUGAAGGUCCUCGCUUCCUCUGCGCUCCAACCUAUACGUGGCAACAUUUCGAACAAGAGGCCACAACAAACCUUGACUGUUGAUAAUGCGGCUCUCCCUAGGCGUAAACAGAGGCGUGUAUAGUGUACUCAUUGGGGAGUAGUAGAAAAACUUGUUAAUGAGUUUAGAUAAUAGAAAAGUAGAGAAACGUGUAAUUAAUAUCCCUGAACUUGUUCAGAUUGAUUUCAGUGCCCACAAAACUUUUCAAUGCACAUGUUUUUGUAUCGAGUGUACCACUCACAUGUAUUGUAAGAAUAUUGUAACUUAAACAUGUUUAAGACUAUUAACACAAGACAAACACAACAGUAGACUGGGGAGGUUGAAUGAAUGAUAUGAUGACAAUUUAUUAUCUUGUUGAACAUACUGAUUUUGAUUGACUGCCAUGACCCAUCUUCAAUGAUAGAUUCUUGUAACAUGUUAUGUUUGUUUUUUAACGCGACUGAGCAAUAUUCCAGCUAAAUGAUCGUGGUCUGUUAAUCAAGUGAUCAUGAGCACCUGAUCCCAUUAGUCGCCUCUUAUGACUAGAUGACUGUCACUGUUCAUUAGAAGUGUAAACAUUCUCAAGUUGAUGGUUAAUGGAAAUUGUCUCUGGGUUUCAAGGCUUUUCUCAAUGACUGGCUCUUUUUGCCCUCGUUAGUUUUUCUCUCUAUCUUUUUCUCUUUUUGCUGUUGACGCUUCAGGAACUUGGCAACAGCCCCGCCACGCACAUUUAGGAACAAAGUGAUUAGAAAUUCUAACAAUUUUAGUUUCAAUUCUUCUUCACAAACAACUAACUUGUCCCAGUAAAAGAGUACCAUAUGGUUGGUUAGAAUAACUUCCUUCAAUUUGUCACAGAGAAGGGAGUACAAAUUAAGGUGGGAGAGAUUUACUUGACUUCGGACAGCAAUUUCAAUUGA